AUGAGCGCCACACAGAAAGGCCAGAAAGAGGAGAAACACACAGACAUUGAGAAUUACAAGAUGGAGCCGUUUACUGAAAAGGGGCUGAAGCCAUUUCUAGAGAAAAGCACGUUUGAAAUCAUGUUUCCCCGGCACAGAGAGAAGUACAUCCGAGAAACAGAAGAAUACGUUAAAAAAGCGAUGGCACAAAAAAAACUGUCGCUCUCAGUUGACUACCACGAGCUCGUGCUGAGAGUAGAGACCACGCAGCACACAAGAGACCCGUACAGCAUUGUGCAGGGAAGAGACUGUCUGAAGGUCUUGAGCAGAGGAGUUCCCCUGGAGAAAGCGAUAAAAGUUUUUGAAGAGAAUGUGACAUACGAUAUCAUCCAAAUAAACACGUUCACAAGAAACAAAGAAAUAUUCCUAAAAAGGAGAGAAAGGCUUCUAGGCCCGCACGGGAACACAAUCAAGUCUCUGGAGCUGCUCACUGACUGCUACAUACUCCCGUACGGCAACACUGUUACUGCAAUCGGCCACUACAAGAGCCUAAAGGAGGUAAGAAGAGUCGUCACAAGAUGCAUGGAAAACAUCCACCCCAUCUACGAGAUAAAAAGGCUGAUGAUAAAGAGAGAGCUGGAGAAAGACCCCAACUUAAAAACAGAAAACUGGGAAAGAUACCUUCCGCAGUACAAAAAAACACACAGCAAAAAACAGAAAAAGACAGUAACGGAAAAAACAGAAAGAAAAACCUUCCCAGAGCAGGAAGAAAGAAAGGAGGACAGGGAAAUGAUGACAGGCGAGUACUUUUCCAAAGAUAAAUCAAGGAGCAGAAAGAAGUAA